CUCACGCGAUUCCGCUCAUUUCUCUCGAAACUCUGGGCUCGUUAUGUUACAAAUAGAUGUUACAUUUAUUUUCCCCCCGAGAUUGUAAACAGUUAUAAAACUUUAUUUCCAGGUGUCUAAUUCGAAUGCCUGGUUCUCACUGAUGAAGUUUGAUGGCCAAUUCAAUGGACGCCUUUUUCUUUUUUCAUUUUAUUAGGCAGAAAGAGAGCGUCCGCUUCGCUAAACGGGUGUAUGUAUAUCACGAAACUGAAGAGUCAAAAGAAACAUACUCCCACGGGACCAGGAGGAAGACGGUAGGCUGACUAGAUGUUACACUGAAGUCAUGGAACAGUUGAUCAAUAGUGGAACUCAGACAGACCCAGUGGUCGUGCUUUCCCUGGCGCAGGCAGCUGUUUUAGGCUUGAUUUCUCAGAACGAAGUGUUUGGAGCCACCAUAGCCCCCAAUGGCUUCUACACCGGAGAACCCAAAGAGUCCCCUCCUCCACAGCCGGAGGAACUGGAAUACGGUUUUACUGACCAGCUCAUCGGGGCCAAUGGAGACUACCUUCCAGAGCCAGAGGAUGGGGAGGGCCCGAACGCAGAGGAGAGGAGGAAACCCGGCCCGAAAGGGAAAGGGAAAAGAAAGCGGGAGGAGUCCUCGGGGUCUGAAGGUCUGGACUCGGAGGAGGCCCUGAAGGUCAAAGGAGAGGGCUGCGCUAAAACAGACUGCAACCAGAAACCAGCCAGCCCUGGCACUGGGGACGGGAUGAAAAUGAUCGACCUGUGCUGCUUCAAAAGCAAUCCUCCACACCUAGUCACUCCUGUAACACGUCACAAGCACAAGCAGAACGGGAACUGCUGUCCCAGCUGCAAGGACGGGAAAACCAGACUUGAGGAGGAGGAGGAGGAGGAGGAGAAUAAGGACCACUCUGAACCCAGCGAAGAGAGCCAGGACAGCCCUGUCUUGAGCCAGUACUUCGAGCCCAGUGAAGUGGGGUACGAGUCCGGGGAGGCGGCUGGGCCGGAGGGUGAGUUUGAUGAGAACAGCCAGAACAUGAGCUGGCAGGAACAGACGGACAGCGAGGGAAACGCUCAGCACAACCGGCGGGUGCAGAUUGACCGGCUGGACAUCAACGUGCAGAUCGACGAGUCCUACUGCGUCGACAUGGGUGAAGGGCUGAAGCGCUGGAAGUGCCGCAUGUGUGACAAGUCUUACACCUCCAAGUACAACCUGGUCACGCACAUCCUGGGCCACAGCGGCAUCAAGCCCCACGAGUGCCCGCACUGUGGCAAGCUCUUCAAGCAGCCCAGCCACCUGCAGACGCACCUCCUCACCCACCAGGGCACCCGGCCGCACAAGUGCGACGUCUGCAAAAAGGCCUUCACUCAGACCAGCCACCUCAAGAGGCACAUGCUGCAGCACACGGACAUCAAGCCCUACAGCUGCUGCUUCUGCGGGCGCGGCUUCGCUUACCCCAGCGAGCUGAAAGCCCACGAGACGAAACACGAGAAUGGGCACUGCCACGUGUGCGUGGAAUGUGGGCUGGACUUCCCCGCGCUGAGCCAGCUCAAGAGGCACCUGGCAACGCACCAGGGCCCCACCUCCUACGAGUGCUCAGAGUGCAGCAAGUCCUUCCACUACCGCAGCCAGCUGCAGAACCACCUGAUGAAGCACCAGAACAUCCGGCCGUUCGUCUGCAGCGAGUGCGGCAUGGAGUUCUCCCAGAUCCACCACCUGAAACAGCACGCGCUCACACACAAGGGUGUAAAAGAAUUCAAAUGUGACGUGUGCUCACGAGAGUUCACGCUGUCGGCCAACCUGAAGAGGCACAUGCUAAUUCACGCCAGCGUGCGGCCCUACCAGUGCCACAUCUGCUUUAAAACCUUUAUUCAGAAACAGACGCUCAAGACACACAUGAUUGUCCACUUACCUGUCAAACCUUUCAAAUGCAAGGUCUGUGGAAAGUCCUUUAACCGAAUGUACAACCUCCUGGGCCACAUGCACCUCCAUGCAGGCAGCAAGCCUUUCAAGUGCCCGUACUGCUCCAGUAAAUUCAACCUGAAAGGCAACCUGAGCCGACACAUGAAGGUCAAGCAUGGCAUCGUGGACAUCUCUCUGGAUGGGCAAGACAUUCUGGACAUGAACAGCUCUGAAAACCCUGACAUGGAGGGUCAGGAAGACUAUGAGGAAGAUAAUUCCUAUGAUUACACUGAAUCCGAAAACCCUGACAACACACAAGACAUUUCCAAACUGUCUGAGGAGGCCAUGAAAGAAAUGGGGUACUAUGACUUUGAGAAGGAGACCGACAGAUACCCCAUGGCUUGAAGGCUGCGAUGCAGUGUUCACUACAGUGAUGGAGAUGGAAGGUUCAAAGAGCCUGACGGUGCUCGGGGGCACUUGAUUGGUUGGCUGUUGACGGCCCCUUCACAGAACCCUACUGAACUUCCAAGAAGUGCCUGCGGUGAGAUAUGUGCUUAACAAUGCAGCUGUUCUGCCUCCAGGUACCAUUAGAUUGUACUGAAAUCAGGUCAAAAAGACAAACUGUUUCUCACCCCAGUUCAGUGGGUGCCCAGUGAAAUCAGUGACCGUUUAAUAUUCCUGCAGAAAAGUCCUGGCACUGUCUAGCCGUCCCUUGGGGGGGACCUCUGGAAAGAAAAAAUAAAAACAUUUGCAAACAUGCUUGCAAAUGGUCUGAACUAUUAUUUGUUGACUGUAGUAUAAAUAGAACUUGUGGGAAAAAAAGUCUUGCUGAUAAGUAACAGCCAGGGUCAGAGAAAAUAAUGAUUUACAAACCAGUACUACUAGAAACUGUAUAACCCUAGAAAUUCCUACAGUGAUGUGUAAUCUAGGAGGCAAAAUAACCCCCCAACUGUGGGUCACGAUACUCUCAUUCCCAAAGGUAGGAUAUGGGAGUGGAUCCCCAGCUAAUACCCUACAUUGUCCAAGGCAGGGUUGAGGGGUUUACAUUGGCUGCUGCAUAAUGGGAACAGCAUCAGUGCAGCUUGAGAAGGUAAUACUCUUUAGACAGAUUGUUUCCUGCACAGAGAGACAGUUGUCAGGUUCACUGUUAUUAUGAUUGUUUUAUCAGUCCACUAGAUGGCAACCUUCAAUUCUGAGUCACUGCUGUUGAUGCUUCACUGUGAAAUCGUAGUGCGAUUUUAUGAAUCCAGUCAAACCUCAAGCAGGAAUCAGCCCUGGGCUUCUAGGGUUUGUUUAUUGACACUGUGGUGCCAAUAAAAAUAUGCUACUAUGGGUUAGUGGUGGAGGCUGAAAGAUAACAUGCUGUUGCUGCCUUCACUUGGCCAGUUUGGUGGAACGUUAGUGAAUAUGGAUUGUCUCCAGAAACCCUUUGUAUUCCCUGAAUGCCAAGGUUUGAAUUGGAGACGUCUCCAAAGUGAAGUUUUUUUUUUAUUAUUUGUUUUUAAAAGCUUCUGCAACAAAAGGGAAAGCUUUUUUUUUUGUUUGUUUGAUUGUAAAUUACUUGAAUUGAACACUUCAUCUGAGUACAAUUUGAAUGAUUACAAUAAAAGUGUUCUAAAGAAUGAUACUUUCUACUAGUUUUCUGGAAAUGUACAGUUCGUUAGGGUGUCUUACAGAGGAACAGCUUUUUUUUUUUCUUCUUCACAUAUUAACACUGGUUUAUAGAGCAUGGUCCUACAUUUGACAAUGCAUUGUUACAUACCUGUUUUGCAAAGAUACCAAUAGACGUUUUUCAAUAAGCUGAACAUAGAAGAUUCGUCAGAGCUGAAACAUAUGAGCAAAUGUUAUGUUGUGUUAACAAUUUUUUUUUUAUAUAUAUAUAUAUAUAUAUAUAUAUAUAUAUAUAUAUAAUUUCAAUCAAAAUCUUUUGCCCAUUAAAAUGAUUCCUGCUUGUAUGGAUUGAAGUACAAGCAGUUUAGUGAUUGUAUUAGUGCUUAUUCAUGUGUUCAAGUACACUAAUCUAUAUUGUACUUCUAUUAGUUCUGUUCAAUCUCAGGGCCUUUGUGUGUUCCCUUCAUUCAUCUGGUCACCGUGGACCAAAGAAUUUGACUACUACCAAAAGAAAGACUUGCAGCCAAGCAGUGCAGACGCUGACUAUUAUUCCAUUAUCUAGAACAUAGCCUCUUGAUGCAAUGUACUACCACAUUCUCGCAGAUCCUUGUUUUCCCAUCAGUGAAAGAGCAAGAUGGUAUGACAAUUAAUGAGCAAAACUGUAUGAAAGCUUGACUUUGAUGCUGACCCCAAAAUAUUGCAUCUGACUGCAGUAUAAACUAGGAUGAUGCCUAGAGUUGUUGUAAAAUAGCAAAGCUACUGUAGCUACUUAUGUACAGUAUUGCAACUUAGUGCACCAACUAGGACCAGUAUCUGUGCAAACUCCUGCUGUAUGUUGGUGUUAACAGUGAGAUACUGUAUUAUCAAUGGAGUGUGGUCGAGUAGGGACUGCCAUGCCACCAGGAGACACUUCACAUUGGAGGAGCUUGCUGAAUGUUGUGCUAUGGUAUUGUGUAGAGCUGCAGUACACUGCUUGGCAGUAUUAUUAACAUGUAAAUAAGUUUGAUAUUACUUUUAGGCAUUAACAAGGAUACAAGUAGGGAUCAGAUUCCCAUGGAAAUCUUUCAAUAUCUGUCACUACCACACUGAAGCAUUUAAAAGCCUUUAGCCCUCCCUCUCAUCUCUGUAUAGUUUAUAAUACUUGAGUUUUCUAAAGAGCAUGCCAAUAACACAUACACUGGAGACACAAGGACACUAAUUUGCCCCGUGUUGGGCACUCUCUCCAGAAGCUGAUAGAGGUUGAGUUGCUGUUAACUAAACUGGAGUAACAGUGCACUGGCACACAGACAAUAGUGAAGAUAUUGCAUUUCCUAACCUUCACAGUUAAGACACAAAUAAAACCUUUUGAAAGGAUCUGACCCGUUUUUCAUUUCUGUUGCAUUGGUGUUAAUAUACUGUACAUGUAAAAUGUUGUGUACCUGACAAGAAUAUUGUAAAUAAUAAAUUUAUUUACCUUUAAAAA